CCUUCCUCUGGCCAAAUUGUCGGGGCCCACGCUAGUUUACAUUUAUGGUCGAACAAAAAAUUACGUACUAAUCUCUCAAUUUACAUUCAAGGCUGAACAAAAAUUCAUAUUGACAAUCAAGAAGUAGUAUCACACAUGUGAUCCACUAACUGCCAAGCCAACUGAUAACCUAUGUAGCAAUUGGAACAUUUUUGCUUAUGUCUUAUGUGCAACGUUUUCACGUGUGAAGGAUCCUUGUGAGAAUUUGCAGGUUUACAACAUGAUUGAGUAGAAGAGAAGAACACGUCAAGUUUCCUUUAACUAGACCUGUACGACAGCUUACAAGGAAACAGUGAUGUUCAGAUUCAAGCGGUAUCCAACUCUAUAGGACACAAUGUCGUCGUAUGACAACAACUUGGUUUAAGAAGAAUAACGACUACCAAGUUAAUUAGUGACAGAUGGCAUCCUGUAAUUAGUCCAUUCCACUGUUAGUUAAAUGUUACCAUUAAUGUACACUACAAUGUUUAUGGAUUAGUAGAGAUAUAUAUACAAGAAGAAAAACAGAGAAAGACAUUCAGUCGAUUCUCUCAUACAAAUCGUCUUCCUCAUCUACUGUCAACUCUGACAUUUUCUGCUACUAGGUUAAAUCUUUCUCAUGAUAUCAGAGCCUGAUUGGCUACACAUUCGACGCCAAUUCCUUUGAUUCACUUCCGUCUUUCGUUUUCUUUCUUUUCAAAACCUCACAAUGUCCGAUGGAGAAGACUCGAGUGUCGGGAAAGACAAGGAGGUUCCUCCUACUUCUCGCUAUGAAGAUCCAUACAACAGUCAUUCCUACUUAGCACAGAGCGACAACUCUUUUUGUCAUGUCAUCAGCUUCAAGCUCAACGAUUACAACUACUUACUAUGGAGUGAGUCAAUGGAGGUGGCUCUACGCACCAAAAACAAACUAGGGUUUGUCCUAGAUACGAUUCCGGUCCCUGAUCUCACUGACCCUUCUUAUGGAACAUAGGAUAGGGUUAAUGGCACAGUAGUUUGCUGGAUUCAUGAUUCAAUUUCAGAGGAUAUUGUUCCUAGUCUCCGAAACAUUAAGGUUGCUUAUGAGUAGGGUGGGCAUUGGGUGGGUAGGGCGGAUUUUGACCAUAAAACGCACCCACCCACGCUUAAACGGAUUGACAAUUUUUAACCCAUCACCCACCCAUAUUUAGUCUCGGGUUAGGUAGGGCAGAUGGUGGAUGAUGCGUGUGGAUUUGUGGGUUCACCCACAUCACAAUGUACAAGAUAUAAAGGAGUCAACAUGAA